CUUCAAAAUUUCGGUUUUUCGGAUUCAUCGACCAAAACAUACACACACACAUAAACACAAAACACAUGCAUAUAGCUUACAUUCUCAAACCGAUCCAUUACCGAUCCAAUAAAAUUCGGUUUCCAUUCAUUGUUUGUUUGCCUCUUCUUUGGAUUGGUCCUAGGACCCGAUAGAUUGACUGUAUGUUUUUGUGUCUGUGUAAGUGGUAAAUGUAAUAGCUUGAUAAAUUGGAACCUUCUCGCCCGAAAAAAUAAAUCUACAAAAUAUUCAUCACUUUUAUCAUCGGUUUUUCUUUUCACUGUUUCGAUCGUGCCCACUAUAGUGGCCAUAAUAUUAUUCCUAUUUUAUGUUUGUUUCACUCGUUUGUUCUUCACUUCAUCGUUGUGUGUGUGUAUGUUUAUGUGUGUGGUUAAUCCCUUUUUUUAGAGAAUCAUCCGUUUUUAUUUUAUUUUUUUUUUUUUUUUUGGUGAUGACUGAUUCAACAUUGUUCCAUAUGAUAAUCUAUGAUGAUUAGAAUAAUCGCUCUUUUUUUCUAACUGACCGUUUUUUGAUUGAUACAUGAUUACUUUUUGUUUUACAACAUUUUAUCUGAAUAUCAAUAUCAUCAAUUGACAUCUUUUUUUUUGAUUUGGGGGAUUCACGGGCUUUCAACAUUUUCCGAAUUUGUGAAUAAGCCUGUGAUUAUCAUUAUUAUUCAUUAUCAUCAUUUUUUUUUUUGAGAAGAGUCAUAAUUCAUAUACGUAUAUGUAUUGGUAACAUCAAAUCAAGAUAACAAUAAUAAUCGAUCCAAGAUGAAAUCAUAUCAUCAUAUUCAUCGUGAUGAUUAUAGCCAUCAUCAUCAUCAUCAUCAUCAUGGUGGCAGAAAUUGGCUAAUGAUAACUAAAUGCCUUGCUAUCAUUUCACUUAUCUUUGUGGAAUCUUCGUUAGCCUUCAACAAGGUUCCAAGAUUUGAUCUCACCAAACCUGAAGAUGGUUUUCAUGCUAUCGUAAAGGAAAACGAUCGAACGGUAAUCAUCUCACCAAGGAUCAAGGUUGUAGACGCUGAAUUAUGUAAUAUUGAAAUUGUGAACAAACAUCACAAUGACAUACCGUUCGAGGUACAGAUUACCGACCAGCUUAAUGGUGAAGCUAUCAUCACCGCUAAGCGCGAUCUUAACUGUGAGAAAAAACGUUCUUAUCAUUUUACAAUGAGAGCUGUAUCGUGUACUGGACAAUAUUCGGCCAACACUACUGUACACGUUACUGUUGAAGAUGUCAACGAAUUUGCUCCGGUAUUUCGACAAGAUUCUUAUGUUGUUACUGUGAAUGAAGGCCGCAUCAUUGAUCCAAUAAUACAAGUGGAAGCGAUCGAUCAUGAUUGUAGUCUAAAAUAUAGCGAAAUUUGCAAAUAUGAAAUUAUUGGCGGUGACAAGCUAAACACUCCAUUCUCUAUUGAUUCCAAUGGAAAUAUCAAAAAUACUAGAGCAUUGUAUUAUAAAGAAUCACAUAAUCACAUUCUUGAGAUUGUUGCUUAUGAUUGUGGAAUGAAGCGAUCUAAACCUGCCAUUGUUAACAUUAAAAUUAACAAAGUAUGCACAUUGGGCUGGAAAGGUAUACCUGAACGAAUGGAAUACAUACCAGGAUCUGGUUCAAGAGUUUUGGUUCCGGACGCUGAAUUACAGUUGUGUGAUUUUCCCUGCGAAACUGAAAAUGUCACUGUUCGUAUGUCGUUGGCAACCCAUCAUAUUGGUAAAGGUUGUGAUCGAGACACUUAUUCGGUUGAAUCUCAACGAAAGCUUUGCGGAGCCAAUGUAGAAAGCAUCGAUCUACUUCCAUCACCAACAACCGGAUCAGACUGGAUACGUGAUUUGCCUACUGACGAAGGUCGAGAAAGUGACCAAAUUUAUGAAUUCGAUGGCACUAACAACGCUGUCAUUGUUCCCGAGAAUGUUUUCGAUCACAAUUUGACAAGCAAAUUUACCAUUUCAUUUUGGAUGAAACACGAACCUCCACUAGAUCAAUCCAAUAAACACAUCAAAGAGCACAUCAUUUGUAAUGCAGAUGAUCAUAAAAAGAAUCGUCAUCAUUAUUCUUUGUUUGUUCGCAACUGUCGUUUGAUAUUAUUGCUUCGUAGAGAAUACAAUGAAGAGAAACACACUGUUUUCAAACCUGCUGAAUAUCGAUGGAAGUUGGCACAAGUUUGUGACAAUGAAUGGCAUCAUUUUGCAGUCAGUAUGGAUUUUCCGGACGCAACACUUUUUGUCGAUGGCAUACGAUUCCAUAAUACUUCAUCCAAUCCAGAAAUUGUCGACGAUUGGCCACUUCAUGCUGUGAAAGAUGUAAAGACAACAUUUAGUGUUGGUGCCUGUUGGGAGGGUAAAAAAUCGAAAAUGAAUUUCUACUUCAGAGGAUUUCUUGCCGGAUUAACAUUACUACGAGGACAAACAGACAAUCCAGACAUUUUUAAAUGUCUUCAUCAUUGCAAAGAAGGCUUACGACAACCAAGUUCGGAUUCAAUUGAUUCUGGUAUUGAUAUUCUUUCAAGCGGCGAUUCUACUUCUAUUAUGGUUACGGGCAAAGAAUCAAUUGAUGUUGAAGAUGUUGUUUCGCAAAUCUCCUACAUUAAUUCAAGAGAGUAUCCUACUCCUGGUCGACGUAGCUUGAAGCUAUCCACCUGGGUGACAUGUUCUAAUGGUAAAAAAUUGAAAGUUCCACAAGUUGACACAUACGUCAUGGUCAUGCCUGCCGAUCCACCCACCAUUCUGAUUAAUGGAACACCUAAUUUGGCUCGCGAAUAUGAAUCAUUCAUGCAAGGCAUUGAAUUAUUUUCAUCUGUUUCCAUCUAUAUCAACCAGGAAAACGAAAAUGAUAAUAAUGAAUCGGAUAAUGAUAUUGAAGACAAUAAUGAUGAGGAUGAAAUGAAUAAUGUUCCGCCAAGUAUAGCUAAACUUAUUGGUGAACAUAAAUUGGACAGUUGUAGUAUUAAAGUCUAUCCACCAUUGAAUCCGGAUCAUGAAUAUUUUAGACUUCCUAAUCAAAUGAUGCAACAUCUUAGCAUUCGCUAUAAAGAAGCAAAAGAUGGAAUAAUUAUCUAUGGCGCCGAUUCCGUUCACAAUUACAACCAAAUAAUUAGACAACUGAUUUAUUUCAAUCGAAAACCGGCUUAUUAUUUGAAUCGAGCAUUUAAACUAACAUGUUCAGAAUUGAAUAGACGUUUUAGCAGUAAUGAUUAUAUACAAACAUUGACUGUCAUACAUCCGAAAAUUGAACCAAUUGAAUCUAGACCACAAGCAAGUGGUAUUGGCGUACAAAAAUUUGUGGCUCAUUCUCAAACAAGCGAACAUAAGGUCGAAUUAAAGGAACCACUUAUCAAAAGUACUGCUCGUUUUUUCGAUAACAGCAUCACAGUCGAUCCUAAUGAUAGUUUUGUCCGAGCUACACCAAGUCACGCAGUUACCAUCAUAAUUGUAGUUUGCGUAGGAUUUCUUGUUUUUAUGAUCGUUUUGGGCGUUAUACGGAUUCGAUCGGCCCAUCAUCGUAAUAAUGAUUCUACAACGGAAGAUCAAGAAAUGGCAUGGGACGAUAACUCUCUGAAUAUUACCGUUAAUCCUCUUGAUCAAAUUGAACAAGAACAUGAGAAUCCACAAUUGAACGAUGAUGAUGAUGAUAGUGAUAGUUCAGAUGAUGCAAGCAGUUAUCGUGAAGACUGUGAAACCAGUGAAGAAGAAGUGGACAAAACCAACAAAGGUCGUUCGGAAUUGGAAUGGGAUGAUGCCAAUUUUUGAAUUUAAAAUUUUUGGAAAAAAAACCAUCGAGCAUAAAAACACAUCAAGUCAGCCUCCACAUUAAACAAAACAUUAUUAUUUCACUCUCUCAAUGAUUUUUUUUUGCCCUCACUUUUAUUUGUUGAAUGCAAAAUUAUUUUCUUGUGAAUCUCGUUUCAUUUUCCGUUAUUUAUCAUUUUUUUUUUAUUUCCUUUCUUUUGUGUUUUCUCUUUGGAUUGAUUGUCUGAUUGAUCAAUUUCAUCUCUUUUUUCCUUGUAUUCUUAUUACACUUUUAUCUUAUUUGUAAAUAUCACAAAAUAUUUGAUAAAUUUGACAACUUCUAUGGGGGGGGCUAAACCUCUACAAUUUGAAAAGUUUGAGCAAAAAAAAAGAAAAAAAAUUUAACCACAACCAUCAUCAUAAUGACCACCACCUUAUCUUGAUUAAGCCAUUUAUUGUAUUUUUUUAAGAAAAAUAAGAAAAAAGAUAGAAGAAUUUACUGCUACAAUAUUCUUUUUUUAUUUAGUUAUUUUUGGAAAUCCAAUUUUUUUCUCCAUUAUCAAACUCAGUAAAAAAAAAAAAAAAAAAAAUUCAGAACAAACAAAAAACUCCCAUUUCGAUAGAAUAUAGCAUAGUAAAUAGUGUAGAAUGUUCAAUUUUUUUUUUUUCUAUCCCCACACUAUCUACGUUCGUUCUUCUUUGUGCCAUAUUAUCAUUAGAUAAUGAUGAAAUUGUAUUUGUCGAUCUAGUUCAAUUACCAUCAUUGACAUUCACACAAACACACACACAGACAGACACACCCAUUCACAGCACCACCAGCGGCCAUGUUUUCUCGUUAGGUAUUUUUUUUUGUUUUCUUUCGUCUAGUUACUCUUUCACUAUCUUUUUCUCUUGUUUUCAAAAUAUGUUCAUUCGUUAUCGUCUAUUCAUUUCCUUUUUUUUCUUGUUUUUUUUUUGUUUUACACCUGUCUUAUUCACACUUCCUGUUUGAACGCAUACACACACACACACACACAUCUUUACACAUGUUAUGCAAGCGAAUGCUUUAUUGAUAAAAUCCUAUUGAUUGAUUUUGAUCUUGAUCAAAAUAUGUGUUUAUGAGUGUGUGUUAAUCGAUUAUUUUCAAUGUUCUCUUUUUCUCUCUCUCUCUCUCUCUUCUCGCUAUCUAUUGCUAUUGCUCUAUCCAUUUAAAAAAAAAAUGAAUGGAAUUUUCGAACCUAUUAUAUAUCGUGCGAUUAAUUACUGCUUUAAAUCUGUCACAUAUCUGAUCAUUUUUUUUUGUCAUACUUGUCUUUUCUUUUCGUUAAUUUCGUAAAAUUUAUUCACUAACCGGAAAUAUAGGUUCGAAGAUUUUAGUUUCACACACACACACACACACACACAUACCCAUUUAUAUACAAAUGAUGAUUGUUUUCUUUUUGUUUUCAAAUUUAACAACAAGAUAUCACAACUGAAAAAUUUCAAAAAAAAAAAAAAUUAUUUGUUCAACAUUGACAAUGACACACACAUCUAUUUGCAGACAGAACAUAAAAAACAAAUUAUUAACACACACACACACACACACACACACAACAAAAAUGAUACUGACACACAGACAAUUAUUAUCAGAAAUAAAUAAUAAUAAAACAGGUCACCAUCAUUCCAUUUCACAUUAUUGAUAAUUUAUUAUGAUUAUUUUGAAAAUAAAAUAAAAAUUUUAAUUUUGACAAAAA